AUGGCGACUUUAAAUGAAAAGAAGACCUGCAGUGAACGGAUGGAAAAUUUCCGUCGUUUUGUCUGGAAUCCAGAAACAAAGCUCUUCAUGGGAAGGUCCUUAAUUAACUGGGUCUGGAUCAGCCUCUACUACCUGGCUUUCUAUGUGGUGAUGUCGGGGCUGUUUGCACUCUCCAUUUAUUCUUUAAUGAGAACAAUUAAUCCAUACGAGCCGGAUUACCAAGACCAGCUGAAAUCCCCAGGUGUAACGUUACGACCUGACGUUUAUGGGGAUAGAGGACUACAAAUUUAUUAUAAUGUAUCCGACAACAAAACCUGGGAAGGUUUAGUGACAACUCUUCACACUUUUCUGACAGCGUAUACGCCAGCUGCUCAGCAUCUGAACAUCAACUGCACCAAUAACACAUACUUCAUCCAGGACACCUUUGAUGGCCCAAAUAAAACAAAACUAUCCUGCAAAUUUACCUCAGACAUGCUUCAAAACUGCUCUGGCAUCUCUGAUCCAACUUUUGGAUUUCCAGAAGGGAAACCCUGUUUUAUUAUAAAAAUGAACAGGAUUAUCAAGUUUUUCCCUGGCAAUGGCACUGCACCAAGGGUGAACUGCACAUAUGUGGUAAGGCCUCGCCCACUGGAGGUGGACUACUACCCCGUGAACGGUACCUUCAACCUGCACUACUUCCCCUACUAUGGCAAAAAGGCUCAGCCCAGCUACAGCAAUCCUCUGGUAGCUGUGAAAUUUCUGAACAUCACAAGGAAUACAGAACUUAAAAUAGUGUGCAAAAUCAUUGGAGCUGGAAUUACCUUUGAUAAUGCUCAUGAUCCAUAUGAAGGAAAAGUGGAAUUUAAACUGAAAAUAGAAGACUGA